CAGCGCUCUCCUUCAGGCUUCCUAAAACAGCAAAUAGAGAAGUGACGCUCGCGUCUUCCACGAAUCCCCAGUGGAGUCGCUUUCAGUCCCUCCACCUCGGCGUCGACUUAUCGCUUCCAGUCAUUUGCCCCUCCCCUUCGGGUUCUCACACGGCGGCGGCAACCUCGGCCUCCACCUCGCGUGCUAGCACACACACACACGGCACGCUCACGCAUACCGCGCAGGCAGGCAGUGGCACUCGCAACACAGCCACGGCCGUUCCACCAGGCAUGGCACAGGGCUCUACUUCAUUAUGGCAGCCGCGCGACACAGCACUCUCGACUUCAUGCUCAGCGCCACAGCUGAUUGUAAUGCCAUUUUUAAAAGUCUACAAUCCAUCUUCCAAAAGGAGGGAAUGACAGAAACUAUUCAUAACUGGGAAAAUCAUGGUUACCUAGCAACAUACGUCAAUAAAAAUGGCUGCUUUGCGAAUCUGAGAAUUUAUCUUCAUGGUUUGGUUUUGGUUGAUGUACAGAGUUGCAAUGAUUUGAAUGAGAGAGAAGAAACAGAACAGCUUCUAAAUAAAGUAGAAGAAAAAAUGAAAGAAUUAUUUCAUAAAAGUAUCAAAAGGAUAAAGCGCUUGCCAGUCAUUAUGAGAGGGGAUGCAAUUGAUAGAUACUGGCCUACAGCAGAUGGGCGAUUGGUGGAAUAUGACAUAGAUGAAGUUGUAUACGACGAAGAAUCAGUUUAUCAGAAUAUUAAAAUUUUACAUUCAAAACAAUUUGGAAAUAUUCUUAUCCUCAGUGGGGAUGUUAAUCUGGCAGAAAGUGACCUAGCAUAUACAAAAGCUAUAAUGGGGAGUGGAAAGGAAGAUUACACCAACAAAGAAGUGCUCAUUCUUGGAGGUGGUGAUGGAGGAAUAUUGUAUGAAAUUGUCAAAUUGAAACCAAAGAUGGUCACCAUGGUAGAGAUUGACCAAAUGGUGAUUGAUGGGUGUCGAAAAUACAUGCGUAAAACAUGUGGAGAUGUCUUGGACAAUAUAAAAGGAGAAUGCUAUCAGCUCUGGGGCUGCAACCCAGGACUUGGCUGGCUGGAUGAAACCACUCGCCAGGUACUAAUAGAAGAUUGUAUCCCAGUCCUGAAGAGAUAUGCCAAAGAAGAAAGAAUGUUUGAUUAUGUAAUUAACGACUUGACAGCUAUUCCAAUCUCCACAUCUCCAGAAGAAGAUUCUACAUGGGAGUUUCUACGAAUGAUUCUGGACCUUUCAAUGAGAGUCUUGAAACCUGAUGGAAAAUAUUUCACCCAGGGAAAUUGUGUCAACCUCACGGAAGCCUUGUCUCUCUAUGAAGAACAACUUGGCAGAUUAUAUUGUCCUGUUGAAUUCUCAAAAGAAGUUGUAUGUGUCCCUUCAUACAUGGAGCUAUGGGUAUUUUAUACUAUUUGGAAGAAGACUGAUAUUUGAAGCUGAAAGACUCCUCUACACAUGCUGCAUGAAAUGUGUAGGCUUGCCACAUGCUUUGUCUUGGCAUCUUGACUUUAAAUUAUAUGCUGUAGAUUAUUUUGAAACUUAACCACACUAUCAGUUAAUAAUUCUUUAAAUGGUUUUUAUUACUUUAAAAGCAAAUGCACAAUGUAUAUUUUGAUGAACUAGUAUGUUAUUUCUUAAAGUUAACUUAGCUGAAUUAGCAGCAAAAUUGUAGCUGCUGAAUGCACUGAACCUUUAGAAUGUGAUCAUUUUAUUAUGUUUAUUUUAGAACUUUGAACACCAGUUUUAAAAGUCAAUAUUAGAAUUUAGUGUGAUUUAAUGUGAAUUUACUGUAGAUU